UAUAUAUAUAUGCGGUAUAAGAUAAUGUUGCAAUAUAAUUUGGCGCAAGAAAGUGAAAAGAAAUCAGUUGAGUUUCCCGCCAGAAUGGCAGUGAGUGAAGAACCGAUUCUUUGUCGGUUGGACCGUUUGGAUAACAUGUUGAGGCAGCUAGAAGAAAUAAGAGGCAGCAAUAGAUCACCGAAGAGCUCAUGUGCAUCAACACCGUCCAGUGGGACACUUACAAGUGAAGGACAUGGAUCGUCCAUUGAUUUUUCCCCCAAAAAAAGCUUGGAAAAGCACUGCCGUCCGAUCAACCGUGUGAUCAUCGACACUGAAGUCAAAGGCACACUUGUUGAAAGACUGGACCAUGUAGAGGAGCGUCUUCUUAAGUUAGAAGGAGAAUUGGAGGGUGAGAGGAAAAGAGAAGAGGAAAGCCCAGAGAAAAGUGGAAAGAAGAAGGGACUCAAAGGACUUGUUAAGAGUAUGGUUAAGGGCAAGAAGAAUCAUAAAUCAAAGGACUAAAUUUUUUUUUUUUGAGGGUUCUUCCUUUUUGGUUUGUAAUCUUUAAAUUGGAUACACACCUGGUUUUAUUUUUUUGGAUGUUUGUUAGUUAUAGUGUAUGAUGUAAAUGUGAAAUGUUAAGAAGUUGUGAAAUAAGUACUUUCAAUUUUGAUGCAA